CUCAAUUAUAUAAGUUUAUUAUUAGCCUUCAUGUAUGUAUCGUAGUGAGGCUAGGGAGUGUUUUAGUGUAAGGAUACUACUGACGAAUAUUACUGAGAAUUCUCCUUUCCGUCGCGUUGAUCGUGAGUGGAACAUGUCGUAUUCGUCUGAAAGAAGAAAUGAUGAUUGGUCUGGCGGUGAAUCUAAGAAUGGGCCAAAUGAAAAAGAACAGUCUUAUGAUGGACCACCUGGAAUGGACCCAGAUGGUAUCAUUGAAUCAAACUGGGAAGAGGUUGUCGACAAUUUUGAUGAUAUGAACUUGAAGGAGGAGCUCUUAAGAGGCAUCUAUGCUUAUGGUUUUGAAAAGCCUUCAGCUAUUCAGCAGCGUGCUAUUAUACCAUGUGUGAAAGGGCAUGAUGUUAUUGCUCAAGCCCAAUCUGGUACUGGUAAAACUGCUACGUUCUCGAUCUCUAUACUGCAGCAGAUCGAUACAGCUAACCAUGAAUGUCAGGCUCUGAUCUUGGCUCCGACUAGAGAAUUAGCGCAACAGAUUCAGAAGGUGGUCAUAGCUUUGGGCGACUUCAUGAGCGCCCAGUGCCACGCCUGCAUCGGCGGCACGAACGUCCGAGAGGACAUGAGGAAACUGGACACGGGUGUUCACGUUGUGGUGGGCACUCCCGGUCGGGUGUUUGACAUGAUCAGUAGACGAGCUCUAAGGACGAGCAGCAUUAAGUUAUUCGUUUUGGAUGAAGCCGACGAAAUGUUGUCACGAGGUUUCAAAGAUCAGAUACACGACGUCUUCAAAACACUGAGUAGUGAAGUUCAGGUCAUCUUGCUGUCGGCUACUAUGCCUUCAGAUGUGCUAGAGGUCACUUCUUGCUUUAUGAGGAAUCCAAUUCGCAUUUUGGUCAAGAAGGAAGAAUUGACCCUAGAAGGUAUCAAGCAGUUCUUUGUAUUUGUUGAGCGUGAAGAUUGGAAAUUGGAGACAUUGUGUGAUUUGUAUGAUACAUUGAGUAUCACUCAGGCAGUCAUCUUCUGCAACACUCGUCGUAAAGUGGAUUGGCUGACCGAGAACAUGCACAACCGUGACUUCACUGUGUCUGCCAUGCAUGGGGACAUGGAACAGCGUGAAAGAGAUCUAAUCAUGCGACAAUUUCGAACAGGAUCUAGCCGAGUGCUGAUCACAACUGACCUCCUGGCUCGCGGUAUUGAUGUACAACAGGUGUCCUUAGUUAUCAACUAUGAUUUACCAUCAAACCGUGAAAAUUAUAUUCAUAGAAUUGGCCGUGGUGGACGUUUUGGCAGGAAAGGUGUUGCUAUAAAUUUCGUCACUGAAGAAGACAAACGUACUCUGAAGGACAUUGAACAGUUCUACAAUACCCACAUUGAUGAGAUGCCGAUGAAUGUAGCAGACUUAAUCUAAGCCUAGUGCUGUUCUGUGUUGGGUCGCGUUCUGUUGGUGUGAGUAUCGAGGUUCUGGACUGCCACGUUUUGUGACUUGCGAUUUCCCAUUUCAUGCUGAGUCGGCAUGCAAUGAGUUCUUAUUUUUGAAGUAUUCGGAGACGUGCUACUCUGGAUUCCUGUGUACGAGACUCUAAUUUAAGGUGAAGUGGGUGGAGUCUUAAGCUCUCAUUAAUGAUAGCAAUCUGUUUUCGACAGGUUCUUGUCUUGAUUUGUGCUCGGUCCAAUUAAAGGACUGAUCUCUUGGUAUUGGCCGUGUUGUGUUUUAGAAACUAAACAGGUGUUAUUGAUUUGUAGGUUGAUUAGUUCAAUUUUCAUUUUGAUUCCAUUGUAUUAUAAGUUUUAGACAUUUGAAUUUGUAUAAGUGAAGGGUUAAUUUAAUUCUUUAAACAUUUGUUGUGGAUUGUAUCCACCUGAGCUGGAGUGAAGUUCAGGAUGUUGGGUCCUAGUAAUUUUCAUACUGAGGAGUCUGCCUGGAUGCAGUUGUCUCUGGACAUAACAAAACUUCCACAGUUUAUAUUUUCUGAUAUUGCCCAUUCUGUACUUUCCUGGGUAGAUAGUUGGAUGUCCUUUUUUCAAAAGUACAUUGUGAGGUACAUUGAAUUAAACUUUGUCUUUAGAGUGUGGCAUUUUCAAAAGACAACAGAGCAUUUCACAAUUCAGGUGGUGGCUAAAUUGAGAGGAGAAUCUCUCCACUUUAGAUUUGCAGGCAGUAGCUUUGUGCCAUGUUUGCAUAAUCAAGUGUUUUGUUGUCUAGGCAAAUUAUUAGUUGGGUUCUGGAAAGGUUAUUUUAAUCAGAAAAGGUGCAGGAGACGAGAUAUAAUUCUGACUAGAAUGGAAGAUCACCGAUUUUGUACGACCUUAUUUAGCAUAUUAAUAAAUACUGUGAGAAAGCUCGGU